AUGGAGUCAAACUCAGUUUCUUCUAAUUGUGAAAUAAAUUUCAUAUGUCCUGCUGUUGCUCGACUUCCACCAAGGGUUAUCGACCUGAUUUACUGGAAGAGACCAAUCGAAACUGCCAUUAUCAUGUCAACGACAUUUACCCUCCUGUUCAGCCUGGGAUACCUUUCCCUCAUAUCUGUCAUCGCUUAUAUCAACUUAGCAAUUCUUUGUUGUACUGGAGCUGCCCGUGUAUAUUAUGAUCUAAUUGCUUCUAGGAGGGACGAGAAUGCCUGUCCUCCAUUCAGUGACUGGUUCAUCAAAGACAAAGAGUCCCUUAGAAAGCGUGUUUUAGACUUCGUUGAUAGCAAGUUCGAUUGCGCUGAAUCAUGUUUCCAACAAAUCAAGCACUACCUUCUUAUUGAGAACUACGUUGAUUCGCUCAAAUUUGCUCUUUGCAUGUACCUUCUCUCAAUCAUAGGCGGUUUCUUUAAUCUUAUCACACUUCUAAUAUUAGUGUUCACAGUUAUGUUUACUGUGCCGAGGAUCUAUGAUUUAUACCACGUGCAAAUCGACAAGCUGGCUGAAAAGCCCAAGCAACACUUGAGCGAUCUCUUGGCUAAGGUGAAAACUCAAUUAGAGAGGAUUCCAUACUUCAAGAAGCAGAAGACAAUUUAA